UUCAACUCACCACUGGAGUCCCUGACAAGGAAUACUGUGAAGGGGGGUUUUAGGGGAUACUCUGGUUCUUCUUCACCCUCUGCUUGGGGAACAGGUAUUGAUUCAGUUACUCAGAUGUCAAACCAAAGGUAACGAUGACCCCCUUCCUUCUGCUGUGUGUGUCUUUGCCCCUCAUCUCGGCAACAAUAUCAUUUGAAGAUCAUGAUGAAUUGGAUGGCACACUCCGUGUUAGCAUCCCUAUGGAGAUUCCUCUCCGUCCUCUCCUGGGAGGCAAGGUAGUGGUACCAUGUUACUUCCAGGACAAUACCGUCAAUGAUCCCGGAGCUCCAACCGUCGCCCCGCUCUCCCACCGCAUCAAAUGGUCCUAUGUCACCAAGGAGAAAGCCACCACCAUCCUGGUGGCGUCAGAGGGAAAAGUUCAGGUGGAGACAGAGUAUUUGGACAGAGUGACGAUGGUCAACUACCCUCUGGUGCCCACUGAUGCCACCCUGGAGGUCACAGAGCUGAGGUCCAAAGAUUCUGGCACCUACCGCUGCGAGGUGAUGCACGGCAUCGAAGAUAACUACGACUCUGUGGACAUCCAGGUUCAGGGGAUUGUGUUCCACUACCGAGCCAUCUCCACCCGCUACACCCUGACGUUCGAGAAGGCCAAGGCUGCCUGUAUCCAGAACAGUGCCACCAUCGCCACUCCAGCCCAGCUCCAGGCUGCCUACGAUGAUGGAUACCACCAGUGUGAUGCCGGUUGGCUCUCUGAUCAAACUGUGAGGUACCCCAUCCAUGAGCCCCGGGAGCGUUGCUAUGGAGACAAGGAGAACUUCCCAGGCGUGAGAACUUAUGGAGUGAGAGACGUCAACGAGACCUAUGACGUGUACUGCUUUGCUGAGAAGAUGUCAGGCAGAGUCUUCUACUCCAUGUCUGCGCAGAAGUUUUCUUUCUAUGAAGCAGGAGAUCAGUGUGCCAAACUCGGCGCCCGGCUUGCCACCACCGGAGAACUGUACCUGGCCUGGAAGGCUGGAUUGGAUGUGUGUAACGCUGGCUGGCUGGGAGACAGAAGUGUGCGCUACCCUAUUAACAUCGCCAGGCCUCAGUGUGGAGGAGGGCUUCUGGGAGUGAGAACUGUCUACCUGUUCCCCAACCAGACAGGAUACCCCUACCCAGACUCCCACUACGAUGCUAUCUGCUUCCAAGCUGGCGAGGAUGAAGAUGUCGUGCCUGCGAGGACCACCCCUUUCCCUGACAUCGUACGCAUAACAUCCGUCCCUGGGGUGUUCCCAGGACUCACCCCCUCACCUGGGGGUGAAGAGAUCAGGGGUGGAGAAGUGGACACCCUCACCCCGCUGCCCGUCCCUCCCAGUGUGACAGACACAUACACUAAAGUGACUCCUAUUGUAGGAGAGCCUGGACUCGACCUGACAGACAUAGAUGCUGCCAUGGCUCCCACGGGUGUGGUGUUCCACUACCGUCCCAUCACUGGCCGGUACACCCUUACCUUUCUUGAGGCUCAGCGCGCCUGCCUGAGCAUUGGGGCAGUCAUUGCCAGCCCAAAGCAGCUGCAGGCCGCCUUCGAGAAAGGCCUGCACCAAUGUGACGCCGGCUGGCUCCGUGACCAGACAGUCAGGUAUCCAAUCGUGUCACCCAGAGAUAACUGUGCAGGUAAUCUGCCAUACCUUCCAGGAGUCAGGUCCUAUGGCCUGAGGCCAGCCAGUGAACAUUACGAUGUAUUUUGUUACGUGGAGCGUCUGCAAGGUGAGGUCUUCUUCACCAGUGACUAUGACAGCUUCUCCUAUGAGGAGGCUGUGCAGCAUUGUCAGAAACUGAACACCACCCUGGCCACCCCCGGGCAGCUGUACUCUGCCUGGAACCAAGGACUUGACAAGUGCCGUCCAGGUUGGCUGAUGGACCGCAGUGUCCGCUACCCCAUCACAACCCCCAGGUCCCACUGUGGAGGCGGUCAGGUGGGAGUUCACAUCAUCUACGCCUUCCCCAACCAGACAGGAUUCCCUGAUGUGCACUCACGCUACGACGCAUACUGUUUCAAAGCUGAAAUCCCACUUGUUCAUAUUCAGAAUAGAACCAGUGUGGAUGUGACAUUGGUGACUGUGGAUGUUAUCAAUAAGACAACAGCGACAAUUGAUCACUUUGUUCCCCCUGUUGAACCAACUGUUGUCUACAAUGAAACUGAAACCAGUGUAAAUAUUACUGAAAUAGAGGUGUUUAUCAACAAGACAACCAUCACAACUCACCAAGUUCCUCCUCCUGCACCAGUUCCUACUGAUGUGUCAGGGUCUGGUUCAGCUGAUCAUUCAGCCAGCGGGGAGAUCUCAGGAGAGUCCGGCACCUCCAGUGGUGACACCUCUGGUUCCAGUGCCAGUGGUGAUGCCUCUGGUUCCAGUGCCAGUGGUGACGCCUCUGGUUUCAGUUCCAGUGGUGACGCCUCUGGUUUCAGUUCCAGUGGUGACGUCUCUGGUUCCAGUUCCAGUGGUGACGUCUCUGGUUCCAGUUCCAGUGGUGACGUCUCUGGUUCCAGUGCCAGUGGUGAUGUCUCUGGUUACAGUGCCAGUGGUGAUGCCUCUGGUUCUGGACUGGAGAUCACCUACAGUGGACACAAGGACAUCUUCUCCGGAGACGGAUCUGCCUCUGGAGCUCCCCAGGAGGCAGAAGGAGGAAGUACUGUCAUCUUCGCAUCUGGAGAACUGGGUAGUGCUUCUGGAUCCGGAGAGGGGAUUCAUGGACAACAAUCUGGCUUUGGGGUAUCAGGAUCAGGAUCAGGAUCAGGUUUUACAAGUGCAAGUGGAGACAUCAGUGGUAGUGGAGAAUUCAUGAUCAUCAUGGUGGAUGGAAAGAUGGAGGAGGUGUCAAAAACCCACAGACAACCACAUGAGCAGUUGUUUGGCAAGGAAGGCAUUGAGAUAAUUGAAUCAAGUACAAGCGGAUCGGGAAGUAUGUCUGGGUCAGGGUCAGGGUCAGGCUCUGGUGGAUUUUCUGGCAUCUCAUUUGUCGACCACAGUGCUGUUGACAUGACAGUUCAGCCAUCUGGUGAGCAGGAGGUGUCUGGAUACCGUCCUUUUGGAUCAGGCUUCCACAGUGGCUUUCCCAGUGGUUUUCCAUCCGGUGUGUCAGGCAGCGCCUCUGCCUCUGGAGACUCUUUCCAGCAACGUGGUGAUGUCAUCUUUGUAACAGACGAUGAGAUGAUUCAGGUGACCGUACCGCCACUGGAACUCCACCCUCAGCAGGGCCGCGGGGUGGUGGAGAUAAGCGGGGCAGGAAGUGGGUCAGGGAUGCACCAUGAAUUAAGUGGAAGUUUGGAGCAAAGCUUGCAUAUCUCCGGAAGUGGAGCCCCUCAUGAAGAACCAACGGUUGACAGGCUGUCUGUCGCCCUGCCACCUGGAUCUACCAUGACUUACUCAGAGUACAUCACCAGUCUUGGUCAAUCAGGACUGGGGGAUGAAGAACAGGAGGGUCGCACAAUUGUUGUGACUCCAGACACAGCCUACACCAGCCCAACCACAGCACCAUCAGUCUCACUAGCAACUCCUGCUGUUGUGGUGGAGCCUGAAGUAGCGGAAGUCUCUGCAGACCCUUGUAAUCCAAACCCCUGUGGUUCAGGAUCCUGCUCUGUGCAGGGAGAGCUUGCUGUAUGUCAGUGUCCCAACGGCUUCACUGGCGAAGACUGCUCAACACCGGUGCAGGGCUGCUCUGAAGGCUGGGUGGAGUUCAUGGGCAGCUGUUACCUUCACUUUGCGGAGAGAUACACCUGGGCUGACGCUGAGCAGCGCUGUCAGGAGCUCAACGCUCACCUGGUCAGCAUCAGCUCCCAGGAGGAGCAGAACUUUGUCAACUCCAAUGGUCAGGACUACCAGUGGAUUGGACUUAAUGACAAAGAUGUGCAGAAUGAGUUCCGCUGGACAGACAGAAGUCCUCUGACCUUUGAGAACUGGAGGCCCAACCAGCCAGAUAACUACUUCAACUCUGAGGAGGAUUGUGUGGUGAUGAUUUGGCAUGAGGGAGGACAGUGGAAUGACGUACCCUGCAACUACCACCUUCCCUUCACCUGCAAGAGUGGACCAGUCACAUGCGGCGCUCCCCCGGAGGUGGAACAUGGCCGGCCGAUGGGCAGCAGCAGAGAGCGCUACCCCGUCAACUCCAUAGUCCGCUACCAGUGUGAUGCAGGCUACACACAGCGCCACCUGCCUGUCAUACGCUGUAUGCCAGAUGGACAGUGGGAGGAGCCACAAGUGGAAUGUACAGAAGCCGGCACCAACAGUAACAGGCUACACAAAAGAUCCCUCAGGAGAAGAAGUAAAGGGGUGAGCAGCCAACAGGAACAGAGGAAGCUGCUCUGAGCAGGACUGAAAGGACAUACAACAGAGAGCCACAAAGCACCCCUCUUGUAAAGAAGCAUGGACACCAAUGCAAAUGCCCGACCAAAAAGAUAACAUUCCCUCUCAUGUAUAUACACAUACUAAAGCACAUUUAGACAGUGAUAGUGUAACUGACUGAUGUUUUGGAUGUUUGAGUGUCACUCUGCACCUUGUGAAGGCAGGUUUUCUACGUAUUUAUAGCGUCUAAUUUAUAGCUGUGAUCCAGAAUUAUCUCGAAUGCACAAGUUGACAUUUUCUUCAAUCGGUUGCCAGCACUGCACACAAAGCAAGGUCGAUUAAAAACUGUCAAACAACAAUAAGAGUGACACACAAAGUCCAAAACAGUCCAAUAAGAGUGUUUUCGAUUGCAGCUGGAUUCUCUGAAGUCAAACACAUUGUUACAUAGACUUUUGCCAUUUUUUAGGGUAUUUUUCUAGAUCUGUGUUUCUUAGCAUUUUUUAUUUCUUUUAUUCAGUCUUAGACAACAACUGUGUGCUUCAGACUGGUGAAAAAAACUUACAUUAUAGGCCAGGACAAUGAUUCUCAAGCUUUUUGGUUGUGACUCCUUAAAUAACUGCAAUGAGUACAUGUUAAAUGUGGAGAGUGUUGAAGUUGGGUUUUGUUUUACUUGAAUUAUCAGAGGAGUCCUUGAGGCUUACAGUAAUUCAGUGUUGCAUAAAAGCCCAGAUUUGAGCAAAAGCAGAGGAAAAAUACAUAAAAAUAUAUUGGUGUUUAAAACUAUUAAUAAUUUUUCAGGAAACCCACACUGUCUUGUCGCAACCCUCAGGUUUGAGAACCACUGUGAAACGACACCACCGCAGUAUCAGACAUACUGAAUCGAUUGUGCUGUUCCAUUUGAUGAUGAAUAGAAAUCCAAGUUCAAGACUUGAUUAAGUCACUGCAACAAACCUGGAUUGAAAUAGUCAGCACUCAUGCACUUUUGGGAGUCUUCAGUCACGUCUGUGCUAAUCAUUUGAAUCCAGUGCACCUUAAACAAUAAAAUUAAUAAUAAUAAUAAUAAUAACAAAUGAAUAAGUAAAAACAAAAAUGAAAAAAAAUUCCUCAUCUGUAGCUGACACAUGGCAAAGAAACUGUACUGAGUUAACAAGUGAAAUCUACAGUAUGACACUGAACUGGCUGGCCAGGAGGGGCCUCCGGGACGGUGCAAAACUCCACCUCAUGAAUGUCAUUGAAUGUUGCAAAAGAUGCACAUCCAGUUCUUCAGGUUGAGGUUUAUAUUUGUGAUUUCUCAUGAGUAAUCAGUGACCUCUGUCAACACUGUCUGAUGGGAGAAUCCUGCUUUUUACGAGGCGGAUGACAUUUUUCUCACUGUAAGUAUUCUCACUAUUCUCUGGACAGCAGGAUCUGUUAAUAAUUUAGCAGACAAUUUAAUUGUUUGAAUAAUUCAUCAUUGACCUGUUUUGUUGAUUUGUUAGUUUAAUUAACUGUUGAGUUGCAGUUAUGAGUUUCCUAUCAAAUGGGCAUGACUGAUUUAACAGUCUGCUGUAGAGAAGAAGACACAACUGGGAUUUUCUAUUCGAGCCUUAGACAUCUGUGUGGAGGUUUCUGGCUGUGUGUCAUGUGACAGGGUCUUAUCGACAGAGAUGUACUUGAGAAAUAAAAACACGAUUGUAUGGAAAAGAAGCUGUGAAAGCAGAUGGAUUUUUUUCAAAUGAUGACAAAGGAGAUGGAGAAGGUUGAAGUGGAGGAGGAGGCUAUAAAAUGUUGACCAUGACCCUUUAAGGUCAAGAUUAGCUUCAACGCUGAGAGCAGAUAAUCUGACUUCUCACAGAACAACAACACAAACACUGAAACACAUACACUCAAACUGGUCGCAAAAUCUAGUAAACAGUUAGUAAAAAAGUGAAUGAGUGAGCUUGACAACGUUACAAAGAUCGCUCAAGUAAAUGAAUUAAUUAAAGUCAAAUUGCUGUAUUUUUCUGACAGAAAAGCCAACAUUUGAGUGAUUAUGUUGAGGACAAUUGAUGAAAAUCAGUAAGCUCUAUAAAAGUGAGGGUCUAAAUCAGUAUUUUUGAUCGAUUGAUUCUUCAACAAACUGAAAUAUCUUUUAACAGAUAAAACCAAAACAUUUGUGCCGUUGCACACAGACGUCACGUCUGCUGUGACUGUUCAGAUCCCGAAUCCUGAUGUGAACAUACAGUAUACUUGUACUGUGCUGUGCCAAAUAAAACUUGGAAUCAUC